GGUAAUGUUAAUAAUAAGAAAAAAAGUGUGUGUGGGAAAAGCUUUAGUCUUUAAAACUUUCACAUUAAUUUAUAACUUGACCAGCACUAUAGUUGAGAUUAUUUCCUGUGCUCAGUGUUUGGUGUGUUCAUCCCACCUAGCAUAUUGCUCACUCCCUACCCCAGUGGCAUGGGGUAGAGAAUCAAAACAGCAAAAGUGAGAAAACUUGUGGGGCAAGAUAAAACCAGUUUAAAAAAUGAGGGGAAGAGGUGAGGGGGUGUGUGUAGUGAUGCAAAAUCACACAUCACUUCACACAAGCAGAGCAAUGCCCAGUCAGCCUCCAAAUAGUGGCUACUGUGGAAAGAUCAAAUCCCCAGUUUUAAUGCUGAGCCUGGCAUUACGUGGCAUUCAGUAUCCCUUUGGUCAGCCUAGGUUGCUGUCCUGGCUGUCUCCUCUUCCGGCCCCUUGCCCACCCCAGCCUGCUCCCUGAGGAGGCAGAGUGAGGAACAGAGAAGGCCUUCAUACCCUGCAAGCACUGUUCAGCAACACCUAAAACAUUGGUGUGUUAGCAACGCAGUUAUAGUGACAAGCCCACAACGUACAGGCUGUGAUGAAGCAACGAACUCCAUCCCAGCCAGACCCAGCAUGCAAUAUUAUUUAAUUUAAAAUAACAUUUCCUCUUUUUCUGUACUUUUUUUCUCUUUUUUCUAGUGCAGCUAUUUGCUGUCUUCUUUGUCACUGUUCUGUGCAAAGAGCGUGCCUCUUCCCGUAUUACAUCCUCUUGAAGAUUUUCUAAUAUUGCUGCCUUCUGCAAAAGACUUCUGCAGCCUCACGAGCGUAUUUGUGCAGGCGGGGAGGGGAAGUGGGGAGUCAUGUAAGUGUAUUUGGAACCAUGUAGGCUAACCAACAACUUGCAUCCAUGUUGCAGCUCAACAUUUGCUUGAAGGAAACCAAGUGUAGUAUAUCAGAAAACUUCAGUGCUGUGCUGUCUCAAAUUAGAUUUACAGAGGUGAACAAAGAACAGUUCAACUUUGCAGCCUAGAGGAGCUGAACCUGUACUGUAAUUACAUGCUGCUGCUUUGUAUAUAGCUCAAGGUCAUUUAAACAAUAUUCUGACCUUUGAUAAUAUCUUAAUUUUCUACUCAGUCAUUUCAUUGUAUUUCAUUCCAGCUCUGAGCAACUGGAAAAGAGUAAAAGGAAUAUGAAUUUCCUUUUGUUUAGUGAAAAUAUUAGUACUAAAAUAGGAAGAAAGUUUUUUUUUUUCCUAAUUGUUCUUUUUUUUCUUUUAGUUUUCAUAGAGCAAGUGAGUAUUUAGAAAGGUAAGACACAGAUUUUUUUCCACCUAGGGUGGAAAAAAUACAAUACUGAUUGUCUUGAAGACCAGAGUAGACAUUGCCUUAGCUAAGCUUGUCCCUUGAAGAUUUCCUGAUACAAUUAUGAAGGUGAAGGGGGUGUUUUUCUCUUUAUUUUAUAAGGCCUGCUUUUGAAUUAGUGUUCCUAAAACAAGAGAUGUGUAUACAUACUUGUGCUAUUGCACGUGUAUGUAAGCAAGCGUGUGUUUGUGCAUUGAUAUUUAAAAUCACUUUCCAAUGCCUUCUAGGAUUUUUGUUUAAUAAUUAAAAAAAAAAAAAAAAACCCCACCCAAAAAACCCCGAACUUAACCUCCCUUCAUAAAAAAAAAAAAAAAUCAGAACAUUAGCUAAUUUUAGCCUAUUCACCAUCUUACAUCAUGUCUCCAGUAUUUCUGUUUCUCUCGCUCCUCAUGUGGCUGUGAGAAGCAAGUCUUGCAUGUCAGGCAGUUCCUCAUCUUCAAGGGGAAAAGACUUCUCAAGCCGUCAUGCAGUAAACACACUUUUUUUUAAGCAAGCCUGUCAGUAACUCAGAGGGGUUUGAGUUUUGCUUUGCAAAAAGUAAUUCUGCUGGUGAGGAUCUCUAUGUUUUAUGGAAAACAUUUGUCCCUCUUAUGGGCUUGGAAAAAGGGUUGAAAUUCACUAUUAGUUUUGCUUUUCUGUCAAUGACUUGCAAGUAAUUUCAGAUCUUGGCUAAACUAAGCACAAUUAUCACACAUUAAAUGCGUCCUGACUUCUAGUGUCAGACUUCUUUAAAAGCUGGUUGCUUCAUGUCGCUGCGUGCAGAGCGUGAAAAAAACAUGCUAGCACGUCUGCAUGCAGCAUGCUUCAUGUUCUACCAUGAGGAAUAUUGCUCUUUUAUCCAGCAAGGAGAUGUGUCUAAGGCCUUCCUGAUAGGUUUUUCUUAUAUAUUGAGGGCUGCCACUGCAAAAAUUACCUCAGAUUAGCUUCUGUAAGCCAGCGCAGGUGAAUAUUUUGGGCAAUGGCAUGAUGCGUCAUCAACCAGUGUUUUUAACCCAGUACUACAAUUUUUAAAGCAUUUCUUUAUGCAUUCAGUAGUCUUCAAGAUUUAAGGAUUAUGCCAGAACUUUGAAAGAAAACAUGGGAACCACAAUCAGAGAGUUAGAGCUAGCCAAUGCAUAUAGAAAAGCAGCACUGCGCGGGUGGCCUUGUACAUGGAAGGAAGCCAUCACCAGUAAAGGCAUGUAAAGCUUGGGGUGCAGUAGAGACCCCUCUUCUGCUUGUGCUACUUGUGCCUGUUGCUUGGCUGCCUGCCCGUCAGGCACCGAGCUGUCGGGCUAAACCGAUCCAUGGAGAGGAACAUGUGAGGUGAGGGAGUGAGAUGUGAGGUUAUGGGCCUGGUCUGAGGUAGCGGGAUUGGGAUAGGAAGACAAAGCCGAUGGGAGCCGGGUGCAGAGAAGUGGGGGCCUUCAUAACACCUUCCCAGAGGAAGGGUGAGAUUCGACUCUAAACCUUGCUUUUGGCUCAGUGUUGUUUGAGAUUGUCCUUAGUGUGGGAUGGAAAAUAACAGGAGUGGUGAUCCAGAUACAGAUCAAAGAUGAUGUGUGUCAUUGUUGUGGAAGUGUAGAAGACUGAAAAGUGCAUUUCUGACAGGAACUGUGCUUUUAAUGGUGGAUCUUGGAGCAGGGGCCACCAUGGAAGAGCUCCUCGAUGUCUCCCUCACAGCUCCUGUGUGGAGAUGUUGGUCCUGUAUUUCUGUGAUUAUUGCACAUAAGUUUUAGGGGGUCAGACUUUGCCUGGGAGAUGCAAAGAACAAAGAGGAACUAAGUAUUGUACAGUAGGAACAUUUUGGAAGUUCCUUGUCUACACACAGGAACUGUUUUCUGGCCCUGUGGAGAGCCAUGGGAUUUUUGGUUUCAUGCAGCAUUUCAAAGAGGAAUUUCUGACUAUGGAUCUGUGCUGUUCUGAAGCCAUCAUGGGAGCAAGGCAAGUGACUUUUUUUUAAAUAGUUUUAUUUUUAAUAUAAAAUGGAUCUUCAUUAACAUGCAGUUAAUGUUAAUAUGAAAAGUUUUCUCUAGGAAUCAUAUGGUCAGACAGGAACUGUUGGAAAUGACAAUAUAGACAAAUUAUUAUCAAUCUGAUUAUUCUGAGUAGCUGCCCAAUUUGUCUUUGAAAUAAAUAUGUGGAAAGUUUUUUUUUUUCCUAGAGAAAUAAGUGGAAUUAGACUACUAUGAAAGUAUCAAAGUGUUCCUGUAUUUCUGUCUGAGGAUAUUGUGAAUAUUUGCAUUGCUCUUUUUUUUGACACUAUGAGUAACAGCAGAAGCAGCAUGGAUUAAACCUUCUCUUGCAGAGCAUGGCACGGGCUAUAAUAGAAGCCUCUCAAAAGAAAAAACCCAUUUCUUUGAAAAACCUCAGAAGAUACAUUAAAAAAAGAAGCUUCAUACUUAUGUGCUGCAGUAUGUGAAAGACUUGUUAUUACAAGCAGUGAUGAUACUGAAGAAAUAACAAGACUCUACAGCAUAGAUAGUUGUGUCAAUAGGGACAUCAAAAUGCAGAAAGAUCUCCAGAAAGUCCAUCUUCAAAGACAUCUACCAGAGACAACAUGAGUGAAAGCGUUGCUUCACCGAUGUAUCUUGGAUUUCACUUAGCCAGAAAAGAAGGUUAUAUUCAGGCUCCAGUUCUGAAUUUUGCAGCUCAGCCCCCUUGCUGGGCCCUGGUAAUUAUCAUACAGGAACCAGAAAGUGAAACUGGCUUGGAAAGCUGAGAGCAGCAUCACUUUGCAGGCCAAGCUGAGGCAAAAUCAGUAAGCAGCAGUCAGGAGUUUUUGCUGUUUUUCAGAUAUACCAACUUCAGUUACAGCUUUUGGGGGCCUAAUAGUCCUAAUCUGGCAAUCUUGAAAACGCUGCUGCUGAUCGUUCAUGGCGUAAUUGACAGUAAAGGCAUUAAAUGUAUCUAAUGUUGCAGCUAAACAAAACUUGCUGCCAAUACGUAAAGAAUCAAUUAAUGCAGCAUAAAAAGUAAUACCAGCCAUAUUUUAAGUGGAUAUUUCCUUGCAUUUAAAAUAGAUAAUCAAUUUGACAGGACAAUUGGUUUAUGUUUUUCCAUUUGAGCUUUUACUUGAUCAAUAAACAAUUUUAAGAGGUUUUGAAGAUUGGUGUAUAUAAUUUAUAAGACUGGUUUUACACAAUCUAACUAUUGUAGAUCAUGCAAAGCAAACUAUUUUUUUUUUUCUUAAUUAGGUUGAAUGUUAAUGAAAGAAUAAAACUCUUUAAAGUAGAUAAAUAGGUAAAGAUGCACUAUCUUCAGAGAGUUCACAUGGUUAGAUGGUUGUGCAAAGAAUAUGUACAUUUUCAGCUUCUCAACUUUCCAACACUGAGCUGGGACAUAUGUCAGACUUUCUCAAAACCACUUUUUCUACUUCCUGUUACCCCUUGGAGCAGAGCAGAGGCAACUGUGGAAACAGCAGAGAAACGCUCUUCCCACCUCAUUUUGGAACUUCUCUUUUCUCACCCUGCUUGUGUUCCUCAUGCAAACAAAAGGGAAUAAAGACUGAACUUCCUGCCUCUCCCGAAGCGCCUCAGUCAAAGGUUUGAUUGGAGCUUGGUUUCCUCAGGACUGGUAUUUGGCACUCUCACUGUCUGAAUAUUGUAAUAGUAUGCAAAAGAUUAUUUCCAAGAAGUGUAAGUCUAACCUUAAAUAUUGAUGACUUAAGAAGGCGAGCUAUCUGUGAACAGUAGUGGGCAAGUUUAGACAUUGGAAGGUAUUUUUUCAGGCAGGUGUGGGGAAACCUGAAGAAAGGAAGGUUUCAAGGCGAGGAGUAGCACAAAGAAUUUUCUGGGUCAGAGACAGUGGAGGUCAGCCUGGUCUUAUUUUGAACACGAUAAUCAUGUGUCUUUAAAUUUUGUUCCUGUUUACAGUAGAAAAAGAAAAGGAAAAUUGACAGGUUAAUUGCUUUUCUUAGCAAAACUUCUCUGUGAAUCUGUAUUUUUUCAUAGUGGUUGGUCUCUUCCAUCUAAAAUGACAGGGUUCUGGAGGAGGGGAUAAAAUCUUCCAGAAACUUCACUCCUCUAGAAUGUGUUUCCAUUGAUCAGUGUGGGCCAAUUUACUGAACAUCAGCAAACUGAAAAUAAAGCUGGGAUCUCAAACUGAAAUGAGGUUGAUAUCUCUGUCAGUACACUUUUGUCUGAAGGACAAACCUGAAUUUUUGUUUACCAGUUUACAGGCUUGAUAGACUGACUUUGCUCUAGGAACUGUAAUGUUUAGCUAACAAGUCUGUUGUUUGUUUGGUUUUGAAUAAAAACCAUUUUUAAAUAAUGCCUCUAUAUUUAAACCUGGAAUUUCAUAAACUCUAAAGUGCAUCGUCUUAUGAGUAGAUGACACACAAACCCUCUUGCUAAAUAAUUGUUGCAUGGAGUUUCGUCUUCUGUGAUAUUUCCUAACUUACUGACUCUAGGAAAUAACACUUGUUAUAAAGCAGAAAAAAGAUGUGCAAAUACUGUGUGCUGAUCUUGGGAGGGGGAGAGCACAUCACAUUACCUCAGUACAUCAGCCUGAGUUCGAUAUUAGAAAAAAUGACCUAUUCUUGCUGUGCCAAAAUUUAGGUUGCUAACCUUUUACCACUUUUUAGAGCAAACUGAAGAAAUAAUAGCAAUACUAGGCCUUUUUACCCUUUGACAGAGAUUAGAUUUUUGGCAGUGUACAUGUGAGCACUUAUAACAUUAGCUAUUGUGACAUUGUGAUGUUUCUUUGAGAUGCGUGAAAGGAUUUUUUUUCUUGAACUAGAGGAAUUUGAUACUGUUUUAACCCUGUUGUGAUUCAGUUGUUACAUACUCUGAGAAUUCUAGGUGUUUUGGGAAUAUGAACUGUUUCAGUGUGAUAGAUUGCAAGCUUUCCCUCCUACUCUUCCACCAUCCUCUUCUGGCUGUUUUUUGGCUACUCCAUUGUAUUGCAUGCAGUAAAUUAAUUGUAUGUGUUUGUAAGGUCCCAGGAAUAUGUUUCUUGAGCUUUUCUAACACAGUUAAAAUAGCCAAUUUGUGCUAAAUGUCUUUAAGUGUUUAUUACAAAAUAUCCUACAGUGAAAUAGAAAUAAGCUAUAAAGCAAAAAUAAUGAAACAAAUCUUUUUAUUUCGGAGUGUUUAAUUUCCCUGUGCUGUCUUUUCUUUUACCUGUCUUUAAAUCACUCAAGUAUUUACUUGGCGCUUUGCCACAGUUUGUCUCAUACAAGAGCAUACUGUUUACCUGGCUGUUACUUUAAAAGCAUAUAUUUCUAAUGUUUCUGCACCUCUGUUUGCUGACUUUAAUUAUGCCCAUUAAUAAGAGGUGAUAGAGAAGCAUUUGAAAUUGCAUAAAUGACUUUAUAUAAUACUAAUUUUAAUCCUUUAAAUGAAAUUGAAAUGCUUGCUUAAUUGAGCUUAAUUUUGCUCAGAUUUACCUUCUGCAUUUCACAUUCAGACCAGACACCUGUCUACCCAAGCUGAAUACUGUAAGAGUUUGGAAAAGGCCAAAUUAAUGUUUAUCUAAAAAGACCAGCCUGACUGUCUUAAUUUUUUCUUGAAUAAUCUAAUAUUGUCUUCAGUUUUUCUCUUCCAUUGUAGUUUUUAAUCUGCAGUAAGUGUUUCCUUACUGUGCCCCAGGACAAAUAACAUUCGUGAUUAAAGAAAGAAUAAAAUCAGCUUGGAAGUAGCAGACAAAAUGAGAAGGCUGAUAGUUUGGUAAAUUUGUAUUUAAUGUAACUAUUGUUGCAGGCAACUAAUCAAUUCAAAAUAUUUUGUCCGUGAAGUACAUAUAAUAGGCAGCAAGUAACCUUUUUCUGUGCUGCUGAAAUGCAUCUCACAUAUUUUUUACUUCUGUGCUGUCCCCUCAUCCCCCAUUUCUUACCUGUAUUGUGAAAAUUAGUAUUUUCUUUUAACUUUGGCUCAUAUUAUGUCAGUCAGGGAAGAUGGGUGGUAAAAUCAGAUUCUUUUAUCACUUCUACUAAUGGAGCAAAUAAGCAAGGUGCAUGGACUAUCACAAGACUUCAUAGAACAUGUUUCUGGGACAAUACUUUAAAGAAUAUAUUUCAAAAUGUAUGUCCCAGGAUGUAGCUUCCUGGGAUUUUCAAUGUUAUGGAAUUGUUUCGGUGAUACAUAAACUUUUCAGAAAAGGUUGUGUCUGCUUAUAGUGAACUGUUUUUCAAUCUUUCCUUCUAGGUUUGAUAACUCUUUUUCUGUAAAGACGCUUUGAAUUUACUGCCUGUUCUAAUUACUUUGUUGGUUUUUUAUAGUGUGAGAAUAAACAAAGACAGCCAGUAUAUCUUUGAACAGACUUUUUCUGAGUAUCAGCAUUAUGAACAUUUUAAGAUGGCUUACAGUGUGUGUGUGUGUAACAUAUAAAUUGAAGAGCUUAUAGGCAGGGAAACUGAGGGAGAGAGAUGUGACAUAGACCCUGAUGUGCAAGGUAAGUCUAUGGGAUCAGUCUGGUUUCUUAACUGUUUCAAAUUAAAAGAUGGAUAUUAUGAGCUGAGAUUAUAAAAAUCUUCUGGACUCUUUUAGCUUUAUAGUGGUAGUUUCUUGACAAGCCACUGAGGAAGAAGUAAUGCCUGCCAUGUGCUUGCGUUGGAGACUUCUAUCUAACCCAUUCGGACAGCCCCAGAGAGAAAAAUCAUGUCAAAACCUGGAGAAGGGUAAGAGAUGUGCUAUCAGAAGAUGACCGACAGCAUCACUGUAAGCAGAUCAGCCUUCUAGGUAAAUAUUUGGGGUUUAUGCUCGUAAAUACCUUGCUCAAAGGCAUUUUUGUGUUUCCAUACCAUAAUGACUGCAAUCAGCUAUGGGAAUGCAUUUGUAUCCCCAAAAUAAUCAUAGUUUGGAUGUUAGGAAAGUAUUUGAUAUAAAGUUAUACUGUAUCUUAUUGGGAAAAUGAACACAAGUACUCUUGGAUAUAAGCACUGUCACCUGACAGAUAGCAAAACACUGGGAGGACUUGCAGACCACAGCUAAUUGUGUAUGAUAACAAAUUUGGCAUCCUAGGUGGGAAGCAGUCCGGGUGGAAGCAGAACACUCUGUUAGAAGCAAACAAUACAGAAGUUAAUGUCACAGAAGAUGGGGAAAACCUGAAAAUGGACAGAGAACCUGCAGAAAGCAAGCUGGUCUACUUUUUUAUGACACUGACUAACCAGCAGUUAGCUCAGAAGUAUCAUGUUGUGGAAAGAUAGCCCAAAAUAGAUGUUCAGAAGCCUACCCUGACAGUGGUCCUGGUUUGCUUCAGCUAAAGUUGUGCUUUAAAAAAAAACAAAAUUAAAAAUAGAAAAAAAAAAUCCCCAACCUGUUUGGUUAUUUCAGGCAGUAGCUUCGGAAUGAACAGGCAUGUCUUUAAGUAUGCUAUAGAGCACACAGGAAACAACGUCCAAGAGAUAAGGGAAUGUCCUGUGAAAUGCAGUGAAGUAUGUGAGUGCCAUUUUGUAACCAAAAUGGAAAUACUAUGGGAAAGAUUGUUUCUAUUGUCAUUUUCUUUCUCUGUGUGGGCUCUUUUGUGUUGGGUGGUGUUACUAUUGCUUUGACUCUAGUUCUGUCAGGCCUUCUGCAAAUAUGACACAACCAUGACUUUCUGUAUGGUGUAGGUAAGGCAGCAUUUUCUGCAGUGUCAUAUAGUCAUGUAUGAUUUUGCUUAUAAUUUGGGAAAAUUAACUAGCAGACACAGCUUCACUAGUAGAAAGUAAUCAGUGAGCAAGUAAUCAGUUUUGCUAAAGGCAGGGUGGACUUGGUAAAGGUAAUAGGGCAGAUCCCUCACAGAGGGAGCUUGUUUAGUACCUUCAGUUGAGGUGGUAGUCCUAUUUCAGUGUGAUUGCGCAGAGCACAGCUUCCUGCCUGGCAUUCACCUCAUUGCUUUUUAAAGUUGUAUUUGUUCAUUUGCUGAGACAAAGUCAUAUUAGUGUCUAUAAGAAUCUAGAAGUUAGUACUAGAGAAAUGAAACUGGAGAAAAGGAAUAUCAGACUAAGAAAAGGUAAAAUAUGCCAUUGUUGAAGGGCUCUUCUGAAUGAGAGUCCAACAAGGAGUGGUCCACGGGCAGCAAAUAUUCAAAUAAAUGUUCUCUCUCCUUUUCAUUUUCCCCUUUAAACUGGAUGAUGGAAGGAAUCAAAGAAGAGACACAAUGGGGCCUCUGGACAAGAAGAGGGCAAAGUCUGUUUCCUCUUACCCCUGCGGUUCCAGGCAGAGAGAGGGAACACUCUGGGGUGCAAGAGAGAGACACACAUGCUGUUUCAUAAGGAUACGCCUGAUUUCCAGAAAUAACCAUGUUUUUGUGGCUUAAACUGUUAGCCUUUGGUGUUGCAUUUCUGAGACAGGAUGCUUUUGUCAAAGCAGGAGACGAAAAUCUGGCAAGCACCAGCUCACCCUCCCUUAUGUCACCUCCACCUGCACACUCCACAUCACUCUCACCUCCAGGCACCACUGAAGCAGGAAAUGAAAAACUGGCAAACACCAGCUUUCCCUUCCUUACGUCACUUCCACCUGCACGCUCCACAUCACUCUCACCUCCAGGCACCACUGAAGGAGAUGAGUCAGCAGUGACUACGCCUGGUUUCUCUCCUGCAGACAGCACAUACCUCAUCACGCACGCAGGCUCCAUCCCUGGCAUGGCACUCAGCAACCCACCACACAGCAGCACUACUUCCCUCACCACACACACUCCCACUGCCUUCGAGAAUGCUGCAUCAGAUGAUUACAAUUCAACAUCCUUGCACAGCACCAUCUCACCAGUCAGCAUGCCAGCAAACACUGGGAUCAUCCCCACUUACACAAUAGAAGCUCCCGUAGUGACAACAGAAGAACCUUGUGAUGAUGGUAUUGGCUACAGCAUAAAAAGUAUAAAAGACAAGAAUAACAUGGCUGAAGUUACACUGAUAAAUCUCAGAAAAAACAGAGAAUAUGUAAUUUUGGAGGCUAACAAGAACUUCAGUGUGGAUUCCAGCAGCUAUACGAUAGAACUUCAGAGAUGCAUAAGAUACACAGUUAGAGUUAAAAAUUGUGCUGACUUAUAUUUUUCUGUUCCACCUGACAUUAUCGAGAAUCCUUUCACAGUUGAGGAUCAAACCAACACAUCUGUAAAGUUAUGUUGGGAAAAGCCACUUGACUGCUCAGCUAAUGUGACCGUUAGCUGCAAAGAUUUACUAGUCUUUACAGAAUUAGAUCAAUCUUGUAAAGAACUGAAUAAUUUAUCAGCCAACUCUGAGUACAACUGCACUGGUACCAUACGUUUUUUUGAAAAGAAGGUUGUCGACCAAGAGUUCAUCAUAACAACAGACUAUGGUGCUCCAGAAGCACCAGAAAACCUUACAGUAGUUUCUGAUGCCAGAAAUGUAUGGGUUACAUGGAAGAAACCUAGUGACAUUUCAAAGGGUCCUAUAGAUGGUUAUAUAGUGACAUGCAAUGACAAAGAGGAAGAGAUUGUCAAUGUGACUAACCAUAUUUGCCGUGAAUUAGAACCUUAUACCAAUGGUUCUGUAUCUGUGACUCCAUAUACGGAAAGCACAUUUACAAUGGAAAUAUAUAGAGGAAAAACUGGAAGAUGUAACUUUAGAACAAAAUCAGCAGAACCACAGCAAGUGAUUGAUGUUAAUGCAACAUUAACAGCUGAUAAUGCUGUCCAAAUUAAAUGCAAAAGUCAAAAAGUGUAUGGAGCACAAAAAGUAUUUGAAUUGACUUGGGAAAAUGAUGGAACACAAGACUCCAGACAAGAGUGUGAUUUUAAAAAAGAAAAUCUCUCAUACUUAACAAACUAUACAUUUACGAUCUUGGUGUUUAAUGGAGAAUACAGAGGGCAGCCAGUAAAGACAAGUAUAAAAACCAGAUAUAAUUCUAAAGCCUUGAUUAUAUUCUUGGUGUUCUUGAUCAUUGUGACAUCAAUUGCUUUACUACUGGUUCUGUACAAAAUCUAUGGUCUUCACAAAAAUAAGCUUAGCAAUUCUUCUGAAGGCAUGAACCUUGUUACAGUUAAAGAUGAUGACAGGCAACUUCUGAACAUAGAGCCAAUACCUUCGGAACAAUUGCUGGACACAUACAAGAGGAAGAUUGCUGAUGAAGGAAGACUUUUCUUAGAUGAAUUUCAGAGUAUUCCUAGAGUUUUCACUAAAUUUUCAAUAAAGGAGGCCAAGAAAAGCCAUAAUCAGAACAAAAACCGUUAUAUUGAUAUCCUUCCAUAUGAUCAUAACCGUGUUGAGCUCUCAGAAAUCCCAGGAUACCCAGGAUCAGACUAUAUCAAUGCAAGUUAUAUUGAUGGCUUCAAAGAACCAAGAAAAUACAUUGCUGCACAAGGCCCCAAGGAUGAAACCACAGAUGAUUUCUGGAGAAUGAUCUGGGAACAGAAGGCAACAAUUAUUGUCAUGGUGACUCGCUGUGAGGAAGGAAAGAGGAACAAAUGUGCCCAGUACUGGCCGUCAAUGGAGGGUGGCUCUGCAGCAUAUGGGGACAUCAUUGUGAAGAUCAAUGAAAGUAAAACGUGUCCAGACUAUGUCAUUCAGAAACUACACAUCACAAAUGGAAGAGAAAGGACAUCUGGAAGAGAUAUCACUCAUAUUCAGUUUACAAGCUGGCCAGAUCAUGGAGUCCCUGAGGAUCCACAUCUCCUUCUCAAACUCCGACGCAGAGUUAAUGCUCUCAGCAACUUCUUUAGUGGCCCAAUAGUGGUUCAUUGCAGUGCUGGUGUUGGGCGCACUGGGACGUAUAUAGGAAUUGAUGCCAUGCUGGAGGGGCUGGAUACAGAAGGCAGAGUGGAUGUUUAUGGUUAUGUUGUGAAGCUGCGUCGGCAACGGUGCCUUAUGGUUCAAGUAGAGUCACAGUACAUCCUUAUCCAUCAAGCACUAGUGGAAUACAAUCAGUAUGGAGAAACAGAGGUCACUUUAUCAGAACUGCAUUCCUAUCUUAACAAUCUGAAAAGAAAAGAUCCUCCGAGUGAUCCUUCUCUGCUGGAGGCAGAGUUUCAGAGAUUACCUUCCUAUAAGGGGUGGCGGACACAGAACACUGGAAAUCGUGAGGAAAAUAAAAGCAAAAAUAGGAAUGCAACCAUAAUUCCAUAUGACUUUAAUCGAGUACCAAUCAAGCAGGAAGAUGAAUGCAAUAAGGAGGGUGAACAUGAUUCGAAUGAUUCCUCAGAUGAGGACAGUGACUGUGAGGAAUCAAGCAAAUACAUCAAUGCUUCCUUCAUAACUGGUUACUGGGGUCCAAAAGCCAUGAUAGCAACACAAGGACCACUGCAGGAAACUAUCUCUGACUUCUGGCAAAUGGUCUUCCAAAGAAAAGUCAAAGUCAUUGUUAUGCUGACAGAACUGAAAGAAGGAGAUCAGGAACUCUGUGCACAGUACUGGGGAGAAGGAAAACAAUUGUAUGAUGGCAUAGAGGUUCAAAUGACAGAUAUCAACUGUUGUCCUAGCUAUACCAUACGUGCGUUUGAUGUUACACAUCUGAAGAUGAAAGAAACACAGAAGGUGUAUCAGUAUCAGUAUCACAAGUGGAGUGGCUUUGAUGUUCCAGAAAACCCCAAAGAUUUAGUCAGCAUGAUUCUUAACCUUAAACAAAAAGUUACAAUCAGACCAGCCACUGAGGACAAGAAGAAUACCCGCAGUGUCCCGCUUGUCAUCCACUGCCGUGAUGGAUCACAGCAGACUGGUGUAUUUUGUGCUUUAAUGACUCUCUUGGAAAGUGCAGAAACAGAAGAAGUAAUAGAUGUUUUCCAAGUAGUAAAAGCUCUUCGUCGCACCAGGCUGGGGGUGGUCCCCACCUUUGAACAUUACCAAUUUCUUUAUGAUACCAUUGCCAGUUCCUACCCUGCACAGAAUGGACAAAUAAAGAAGAACAGCCAACAGGAAGAUAAAGUUGAAUUUUGCAAUGAAGUAAUAAAAACAGAUCAGGAAACUGAUUUGAUCACUAUUGAUCUUACCCCAUCAACGCCAGAAGAAAAUCAGGCUUCUGAAGUAUGUGACGAAUCUAAGGCUGCAGAUAGCACUAAGGGAGCAGAAAGCUCUGCAAAUGGCCCAUCAGCUCCAGUUCUAACUUAGAGGUUUUUGGGUUUUUUUUUAAAAAAAGCUUUUUCAUGUGCAAAAAAAUUUAAGCAAAAGAAGUACAAGAUUUCUUCCUCUUCCCAGCUUUUUUGUUUUUUUUGAAAAUGAUAACUGUUAUUUCAGUUUUUCAAAGGUACAAAUUUAAAGGAUUACUUGAAACUUGGCAAGAGUGACAAAGAACUGUGAAAAUUUAAGUUUUGUGUAGAUCUGCAUUUAAUACUUCAGAAACCUUUUCACUGUUUUUAUACUUUUUCUUUUAAAAAUAUGUACAGUGUAAUACUAUGCUGAGCAGUGGGAAGGAAAUUUUUUUACUUCUGUAACAAGGAGAAAAGCUAUUCAGAACAACAAGAUGAGCGUGUUGCAACAACAGGUUUGUCUUCGAAAGUAUUAGUAAGUGGUAAGCAUGUAUUCUGGCAUUUCAGGAGUGCUGACCAAGCACUGCUUUCAUAAUACUCUGGAACUUGUGGGACUUUACCAAACAGUUUGAAGAGCUUAUCAUUGACAGCAUGUGGCACUUCCAAGGAAUUCAGGUUUACAGAGAAUCUGUACAUCCUCCCAGGUCAAUGUGGAAUAGAAAUUUCUUGCAUUUUUCUGAAUUGCCUCAAGGUGUCCUUGUUGCUCCACAUAUGUUAGAGUUUUCAACGUUCGACUCGAAGAGUUUGGAGAUUGGCACUUGAAUCAUUGCAAUCGUAGUGAUAGAAAACACCUCAUCUUUAUUCUUAGAGUUUAGAAUACAGCGUGCUUGCACAUCUGUUUCUUAUGCUUACUGUUAUUUAAAGGGACUGCCUCCAUGAAUGCAUCUGACCCGUUUUCAGAAUUGGAAAAUACGUAGAUGCUUUUCCUCCAAACCUUGUAGAUUUUAAUUGGUACAGAAUUUUUUUGUUUGUUUGUUAGUUUUUCAUUAUGAGAUUUUAUCUGUUACAGUUGUGAUAUUUUCACUAUUUCUUGCUGGAUUUUAGCCUACUGUUUUUAGAACAAAUAAAAAAGAUAGAUAAUA